AUUGUGACAGUUUGAAAUACAUGCUUUGGUGUGAUAGGGGUAUUGAUGCUACAUCACGUACACUCCUCCCCCCUCCAGAUUCUAGCGGAGUUCGUGAAGGUGACCUAGUGAACUGGUACCUGAAGGAGGUGGCUAAUGACAUAGAUAAUGUGGAGGAGCUGACGGAGAAGAAGCUCCUCGUGGAGAAGGUCAUCGAGAGACUUGUGCAACAUGACCACAUUCUGUUGCCAUUGGUGAUGGGGGAGGAGUCAGACGAAGAUCCAUUCCUGGUGGUUCAUCCCAACUACGUUGUUGAGACAUGAACACAUCGAAUAUUAGUUUGUUCAACGACUUAUAAACUUGGCAAACAUUUUUACCAGUUAUAUACAUGUACAUGUAUUGAACACAUACUUAUAAUUAUGCAUUCCUCAAUAUUAUUUGUGUACCUAGUAGGCUGAUAAUUAUAAUUUUAAAUUGAA